GUGGCACAGCUGAUUUUAACUUUAACUAUUAGCGUUGAAUAUUUCGCGAUAUGACAGCUAAAAUAACAUAAACAAAAAGAUAAAAAAACAUGGAAGAAUUUAAGAUACCAAGUAUUCCAGUUACACUACCGAAAACUGAUAAAUAUAGUGAAGAGAAUGAUGAUAUAGCAGAGAUACCUCCGUCAAAAAUAGAAACCAGUGAGGAAGCGGAACCAGUAAAUACUUUAGCACAAUGUUGCCCAUACAAAAUUCCGCCAUGGUCAGGAGUUCCAACUAACAAUUUAGUAUAUAAAUUUGAAGUACUAAAAUCGGGACAAAUAAUUGAUCAAGUAAAUGACUUACAGAAGCAAGCAACGUGGAAAUUUGGACGCUUGCCGGCAAAUGAUAUUGAAAUGGCACACCCAACUAUAUCUCGUUUUCAUGCCGUACUGCAAUACAAACCGAAGUCAAUUAAUGAAGAUAACUCAACUGGGAAUAUUAUACAACCAGAAGGUUGGUAUGUAUAUGAUUUGGGCAGUACGCAUGGUACCUUUCUUAACAAACAGCGGUUACCAUCUCGUGUUUUUAUACGCAUACGUGUAGGGCACAUGUUACGCUUAGGUGCCAGUACCAGAAAUUAUAUAUUGCAAGGUCCCACCGAUGACGAGGAACCUGAAUCUGAAUUGAGUGUUACAGAAUUACGUGCUCAAAGAGAUGCACAAAUUAUUGCAGAAGCUCAGAGAAAAGCUGAAGAAGCAUUAAAACGUGAAAAGAGUGAAGAAGUUAGUUGGGGUAUGUCUGAAGAUGCUGAUGAAGAAACUGAUCUUACACACAAUCCCUUUGCGAGUACAAAUAAUGAAGAAUUAUUUUUGGAUGAUCCAAAGCGAACACUGCGUGGUUAUUUUGAGAGGGAAGGUUUAACUUUAGAUUAUAAAUGUGACGAAAUGUCUGCGGGAUCAUUUAUAUGCCGUGUUGAGCUACCAUUAGAUGAUGCAAAUGGUCGACCAAUUGUCGCAGAGGUGGUUCAUAAAGGUCGUAAAAAAGACUGUGUUGCACAAUGCGCAUUGGAAGCGUGUCGUAUACUCGAUCGUCACGGAGUGCUAAGGCAAUCCAAUCAAGAGCCACUUAAACGGAAAGCUAAACAAAACGACGACUCAGAUAAUGAUGAUUUUUUGGAUCGUACAGGCGAUGUAGAACGUAAAAAGUUACGCAAAUCAAAUAUUGAUAAAAAUGUUACUCUGACUUAUGAAGAUUUGAUUAAGAAAGAAACAGACAUUCAAGAGCAUUUAAAGCAAGUAGAGUCCAAUAUACAAAAGUACCAGGAUAAACAGAAACGAAUUAAAGAAAAUAAGGUUCAGCAGGAUAAAAUAGAUGGAGAUUUGGAUGCGUUCAUGGAAAAUUUAAAUGAUGAUGAUGAACAACUGGAUAAAACUAAUAUACGUAAAUUACGUAUGGAGGAACAGCGGCUCAGGUUGGAACAAAAUAAAAUUGAGCGCCUUAUUAAAAUUGCAAAACCAACACUGAUAGCUUUUACAGCAUGCACAUCAACCCAACAAACAACGAAUACAGUUGGCAAACCUAAACAAUUACCAAUGAUUGGUAAACGUAAUCAGUUUAGUAAAUUUAAAGUCAUUAAACCAAUAACUGCAAACGUAAAAUCUACAGUGACGAAAUUCGAUGACAAUGGUGUUGAAAUUGAAGAAGAGGAAGACGAGGAUGAGGACGAGAAAGAAGAAAAUAAUAAAAUUGUAGAAUCUAAAUCAGAAGAUUGUACUCAUAAAGUAUCUGCAACACAAAUUUCUCCUAAACAUGACGACAAGGACGAAAAUGCUCAAUCAAUAGAUAAUAAUGUUAAGGAAACUGUAUCAACAUCUACAAUGAAUGAGAAAACAGCCAAUUUAACAAUAUUAACGAAUAAAAACAUGAAAAAACCAAUUACAGAAGGAAAUGAAAAAACUGAUUCUAUACCUGUAGUUACAAAUGCAAUACCUGUCACUGAAAUGCCAAAUGAAGCUAAAAAGCGUCAUCGACAGAAACAACGUAUUCGUAACAAAAGAGAAGAAUUCGACUUGGACGAACUCGAAGAACAUGAAUCUUCCGAAAAAUAUGCAAAAUGGGUACCACCAGAAAACCAGACUGGUGAUGGCUUUACAGAAUUAAAUAAAAAAUAUGGUUAUUAA